GUUAUUUAUUUUAACACAUUAUAUAUUUCAUAAUUGGUUUUUGCAAUUUUUGUAUUGGUCAAAAAAAAUUUAACAUUCACAAGGCGUCAGUGAAACACACCAACAACUGAUUAUUACAGCAAAAGAAAAUAGUGCAAGUAAUAAGAGUGGAAAGAAUCAUUUGGAUUGGUAAGCGACUAAACGAAACAAUUAUUCAGAAGAAAGAGAAGUUCCAUCAUUCCGCGUUUGUUGCACAACUCAAGACCUGAACAUGAAUGAGUUUGAUGGUAAGAAAUUCUACGGAUUCUCGUUGCAUGAUGAUCCUGUGCUGAGUACGACAACAAGGAAUUUUGAAUUUAAGUAUACUCGCCCCGAACAUUUGGAACGUCUCAUACAGAAGGUCCAGCAAAAUGAUCCGGAGCACGACCGCAAUCGCAAAAAUGAAAUCUUAAACCGCCUUCGCAAAGCAAAGAAAAUACCACACAACCCCGAUAUGACCAUGCCGUACCGACGUGACGCUGAUAUAGAGACACAUGUCUCGCGCGGUGAAACGGUCGCACGUGUGCGUAAUCUAAGUGAUACGGAAAUCAAUCAGCUCAUCGGCAAAGUCAAGAGCUAUGGGGACUUACAAAAGCAGAACAUGGCCGACACAUACACCAAACCCAAGGACACCUCGAAAGCCAUGAAUCCGCCAACGGCAUUGAAAAGCAUCUUACGAACUACGGCGCAUGAAUUUCCGCAUAGCAGCUGUGGAUGUGAUCUACCAACCAGGCCUGCAGCCGCGAAAGUACUUCCAAAUAAUUUAUACGACGUAUCUGAGGAGAAUAGUGCUGGUGAUGGUGAGAUGUUUUAUUCAGAACCCACGUCUGAGGAUCAAAUACUUUGCAAUCCCUUCGACUUGCCGCACGAACCCCUGUACGAACCGCACAGCGUACAUUUACAACAUAUGCGACGCGAACUCCACAGCGGUUCGAAUAAACUGCCAGACGUGCCAGAAGAAGAUGAGCUCUUCGCAUCCAGAACUGUUAUGCCGACAUUAGUUGAGGAAUAUCGUUUCCCACAGGCUAAAUGGGCGGAAAUCAUGGAAGCACCGAUCAUACAGAAAGCUGAGGUAGCGGAAAUCAAGUGCUCUGACUUAACCGAAAAAUCCGAGCGUUUGCCGACAAAUGUCACCUACACAAUGCACUCCCACGAACUACAAUUGCCGAUACAAAUAAGUACGCCCGAAAUGAUGUUGAAAAAUAUGACGCCUCCGCCGAGUUUGCCCAACAUGGCGCUCACAUAUGCGAUGAACAGCUACGAAGAUAAUCCAUCAACCUACGAAAUAGAGGAUAGUGACUUAGAGUAUGAGAUGAUGGAACGCGCUGAGUACACGAAAUAUUGUGGAACUCGCCCCAAAAUCGAGGAAUUGACAAACAACUCGAAUGGAAGUGGAGGCCUGGCAGAAUUUGUUGAGCUCGAAGCAGAAAUUCCAAGCAUAAAUUUAAGCUUCCUAAAAAACGUUUCGCCCAUGAUGUACUCGGAUUUGACCGACGACCGUGAGGAAGAUAAGCGAGCGAGCACAAAACACAAGCAAAUAAAAAUCCUUUCCGCAAAUCGUACCAAAAAAUCUCCAUCACCGACAUUGGAAAAAGAAGCAAAGAAAAAAGCUUCGAUAGCAAAAAAGAAACCAAUUGAAGAAAUCAGACCGAGUCCACGUCGAAAGACCUCAUCGUCGGCACGUAGUGCUGAUCUAUCGCCCACCCUUGAAAGGUCAUCGCACACACCACGCUCAUAUGGCAAACGUUCAGCGACAAAUACACCGCGUCAGCAGAAGGAACGCAAUCAAAUGAGCGCCAAUGAAUUGCGUAAUAUGAAAAAUAUUGUUUCGACGAAGUCAAUUGAAGAUUUGAAAAUGGAAAAGAUGGCGAUAUUUGCAAAAAUGACCAGCACACAGGAGAGGAUUAUUGAGAAUUUAGAUAAAUUGCGCAUUAGCUUGUUGGAACUCUAUGUGCCGGAUAGUCAUUAUGAGAAGACCAGACGUCAGAAGAAUGCAUUUGAAUUCUCAGUGAGAUUCUCACGUAAUUUCCUAUAUCCACUAAAGGGCAUGAUCGAAGAUCUUCGCAUGGUUUCAGUGGAGCAACUCUGUAGUGCAGCGUCAAAUGAGGCCACUCAACGUGUGCUCAAUAUUUUCACACUCAUCCAUCAGUCCCUGCAGACCUAUUUCAAACAACUGCGUUACUUUCUACUCGAUCAAGUGCCACAAAAAUUGAAUACACUCAUAGAGUUGACCAGCACACUGGUGAGCAUUUGUUUGGAGAAACAAGUUUUCGAUCGAAACGAUGCCAUUAUUGAGUGCCUGCAAGAUCGUUGUGCGAAAUUUUUGGGCUUUCUCGAAGAUAUGCAUGAAGAACGCUUCCUUACAGCGCGAGAUAAUUAUCGUAAAGCCAGUUUUGAUAAGACCGCUUCCAAUUACAGCCUCAAAAUGUUUAUGAACGAUCUAAAUAUGUACGAACCAAAAUUGGUGCCGAAGAACCACUAUAAUCACCGACGCAAACCGAAGUUACGUCGUGUACUAAAGCCGACCACGACGAAAACGAAAUCGAAUGCCAAUCUGCCGCCGACGCCGAAAACCUCACAAAUGGUUAUCACAAAGCCCGAUGGCGAUCAGAUCUCAACGCAUAUCAAUGAAUUGGCGAAGAGUUCGGGUCUCUUUCAGAGCGCACAAAACAUCGCCAUCGAUGCAAUAGCGCCACCAGCAGAGCCCAGCAUAAAUUUAGAAGACUCGCCCGUACUGAAUAAGGCACUCAUUGAGGCCUUUCAAACCGUUACAAAAGAGCAAAUGCGUCAAUUGCUGCAGCCGAUUGUGCAAACACUCGGCUCGGCCAUUGAAAAGAAGAAUGCUUCAAAAACAAUUGAAGAACUACUCAAUGCUUUCAGCAGUAGUUUAAUUUCCCUGGCAGAAGGUGAACAUGUGAAGAGACAAAGUGUUAAUGCAGACAAAGUGCGUGCUGGAGUUGGAGCUGGAGAUGGUGGUGGUGGUGGCGAUGGUGGUGAAGGUAGGCGUGAUGAAGUGUUGAGAACGUCUAAGCAAACUGAAACUGAACGGCCGCACAACCGGCAACGCCACUCGAACAGUGGCGAAUCGACCAAACGCAACGAAGCGGCCGACUUCUUCGGCGCUGGAGCUGGCGAUUGCGACGGCGACGGCGACGGCGACGACUGUUGCGGAGGUGUCGGCGGUGGUGGAGACAAAGCGAAAGCCGGCGAAACGGGUGUUUGUGAUGAUGAUGAUGAUGAUGAUGAUAAUUACUAUGAUGAGAAUGGCGCUGAUAACGACUGUGAUGAUGUCAGUAACGUCGACGAUGAUGACGACGACGACGACGAAAAAGAUAAUGACGCUAGCGACAGUGUUGAUGAUGAAGAAGAAGAUGCUACAGACAAAGCCGGUGAUGCACCAACCGACCCCACCGAGCCGUCCGACCCCAGCGAACCACAGGAACGGAGCGAAAACACUGAGAAUAGCGACUUCAUGAGUUGCUUCCGCGUUGAAUAUGCCGGUGAGAAUAAGACAACGAGCAAUAACAAUAAUAAUAUCAACAGCAACAAGAAUACCAGUCGCAGCAGCAGCAACAACAACAACAACAACAAGUUGAGCGACGGCAAAAUAGUGCUUUUCGAUAACUUCAAGUUGGACGAGAGCGGUGAGGGCGAUGUGGCGAGCGAGAGCGGUUCGGAUUUCGCGAGCUUUGAGGGCAACUCAAGUAAUUUCGAUGUCGUGAUUGCAAUGAAGCCGGACAAAAAUAAAGUGAAUGAGCAGCAGCAGCAACAGCAGCAACAGCAACAGCAGCAACAGCAACAACAGUUAAAGCAGCAGCAACAGCAAGAGCCGCAGCAAAACAGUAAGAAGGAGCAGCUACAACACAAGAGCGAACAACAACAACUCGAAAAAUGCAACACGUCAUUUGCGCCACACCAGCACUACAAGCCGCUCAAGUUGAGCAAACAACAACAACUACAGUGUCUACAGCUGAAGCCGCAACACAGCGCGCGUCAGCAGCAGCUUACUUUGCGCGAACGCACCGAAAACUAUGACACGCAUAUACAACAACAACAGAAGCUGUUGCAUCAACAAGCGUACGAAGAGCAGUCGUUGCAACGGCAACAGCUGAAGAGGGACAACGGCGAGCGGCGCAGCGUCAGCAACACCAUUCUGGUCAACAAUAGAAAGUCUGCCGAGGAAAUUGUCAAGCAAUCUAAUAAUUUACAACAAAAACUCAAACAACAAUUGGAGGAGCAUCAGCGUUGUAUUAUCGUGCAACAGCAACAACAACAAUUGCACCAACAGCAAUUGCGGCAGCAGAAAAUGCGCGAUCGCGCGGAUGAACUCAAGCAGCUGGAGCAGCAGAAACUAGUGCAACAGCAACAACAACAGCAAAAGCAAACACUUUCAUUCACCGCACCAAAGGCACUAACACGCAAACAACUACAGACGCAAGCGCAUGUACAACAACAAGCACGCAGUCAACACCCUUCGCGCCAUAGCUCACGCGCCAGCACCUCACGCCCGCCGUCAACGCGCACCUCACCAUUGAUCAACACAAGCCGCGAUCAAUUUUCCACGCGCCCAAAAAGUGUCUCCAGCAGUCGUGCUGAUUUGCACGCGGAAAAGGGGUGUUUGUUGAAGAAACGUCGCAAUCCCAUGAACUCACCACCGCCUGCACCAACUGUGACGCCGCUAAAUUCCUCACGCACACCACGCAGCGCGCGCAUCGCCACACUUGGUCCCGCCUCGGUGGUGGGGGAGAGUGCAAAAAUCAUGUCAGCGCCAAAGCCUUCAUUGCGCUCAUCUGUCACCUCGAAUAUCAGUUAUGGUGGCGAUAUUGGCGCCGGCUGUGAUACCAACGCAACUACGAUACCCGACUGCACACAAUCGCAAAUUUUGCAAAUGUGCUCGUUACUCAAAUCCGAGUUCAUGGAUAUGAUAAUACCGCUCACAAAUGCAUUUCAAACCGCCGCCGGUGGCAGUGGCGAAGGCCAUGCAUCACUUGGAGCUUCAGAACAACGUGCACAGAAAGCUCCACGCAGCGGCAGCAAGACAUCAACAAAAAAUACUGAAAAUUUUGCCAAUGAAGAUCUCGUUGGGGCAUUAACCAAAUGCCUCUUCAAAUAUAAUGAUGCGGUGCAGGAGAGCAAGGAAAAUAAUGGCAACCCAAUAGGCGGAAACGACCUGCAAGAGCCGAACUCGACGAGUCCCGUUACUCUCUACACUGGUGAGUCCCCCUACGAGAAGUUAAAACUUAAAAAUUCUCAAAAACGUUUAGAAAAACAAUAUGAAAAAGAUUCAAGGCGCGAGGAACGUAAAUUAAACAAAAUGGGAAAUAAGAAGCUUAAUAACAAAGAAGGAGCGAAACACAGUGAUUAUCAAAAGGAAAAUUUCACAGAUGAAGUGAACAACGAAGAUAUUGAUUUUGAGCUACCAACGAUAGCUCAACUGUCGCAUGGAAAAGAGCAUAAAUCAGCCGAUCCACUCACCUCACCCUGUACACUCUGGCAUACGGAUUUUAAGGAAAUAAAGAAAAAUAAAGAUCUGCGCAUUAGCGAACUCAUCGCGGAACGUGAUCAAUUUUUGCGUGCUUGUGGCAAGAAUCGUUUUUACACAAAUCCAAAUUUCAAUCAGCCCUGGAGCGUGUUUUCGAAGCUCGCUAACAGACUCUCCAAUGAUAUCAUUGGCGUGAUCGAGGAGGACUUCAGUGUUGGUGUCUCUAAGUUCGUGCAGGAUUUUUUGGAUAAUGAAACAAAGAUUUAGGCACUGCAUUGUAUCCUUUCUACGCAAUUUUCUUAAUUUUUUUUUUCAAUUUCAUAUCCUUGUAGUAUUGUACGUGUGUAUAUGUUUGUACAUAUAUUUCUCCAAUUUUUAUAUUUUUUUUUUCAAAUUUUAGAGCAAAAUCUUGGCAGUUUGUGUGAUAAAUAAGGAAAAUAGCUGGAACUUUCGAGAAACUCUGUUAAAGGGCAGGGUAGAGGCCUUAGGUAGUUGGCUUCCAUCUUUGUCCUUUAACAUUAGCUCUGUUCGGAGAGAAUGGCAGUAGGGAAAUGUGCAAAUUGUAUAAAUUUUACGGGCUUUUCCCAUCACCAAACGUGGCUGAUGAUAAUUUUUACUGCCCAUCAGCUCACCAAAUGGGGCUAUAAUUAUCGAGAAAAAAAAUUUACUGACAAUAUUUUAAGUAAAUGCAUUUUGUCAAACAUCUUUUGAGCAACAUAUGAUACAUAUUACUGUUUUGAACAACUUAGCAUCACUGCCAAAAAAGCUCGUGUAGAAAUUCGUUUACCAUUCUCUAUUCACUUUUUUCAAAAAUUCUUUGUGUCUGUUGGGUAUUAGCAAUUAAAUAUAUAGUAUUAAA